AUGAAUCAGGAUGCAUCAUCAGGAUCCCGCCAAAGCCCGAGUGGUACUAUGCACAGUUCAGACUCGGGUAGCCAGUCGAAGCCNCCUUCGAAACGCGCUUCCAGAGCCGGGACGCGUAGUGUCUCUACCCUUUCGGCCGCGCAGCUGGAAAGGAAACGCGCAAACGACAGAGAAGCACAAAGAGCCAUUCGUCAAAGAACGAAGGAUCACAUCGAGAACCUCGAGCGACGAAUCAGCGAACUGACUGGCACUCAAGAAGCCAGAGAAAAGCUGUACCUGGCUACACAGCAACGCAACCGAGAGCUCGAGGAAGAGAACGCCUAUCUUCGAAGCAGGCUCUCGGGCGAAACAUUCACCAUCAACGUCAACGAGAAUGAUGCUGCAGACAAAGCACCGCCGCAGUACAGUGUCUCUGCGCCCGAGUCUUCGCCUCAGGCUCACCUGAGUGCCGGCGUGAACAUUCCCAGACCCUCGUCUUCAGCUACGAGCAGGAGUGUUCCCCAGCCAGCCGAAGCUUGGAGGCGACACAACCAGUACAGCCCUGGUAGCGCGCCAGUUUCAGCAUCGUUCAUGCCUGAAGGGGCCCAGCACACUGCUGGUCAGAGUGCUGCGUCUUGGAGGGCCCAGGACGUUCCUUCGGCUUCUUCGUAUGCCUACCAGGUCCGCCAAAGUGACCGACAAACAAACUACCCUUCGCCAGCACAUCAAAUGACUUACCCGGGCCACUCGCAAGCGGCUCAGUUCCAGCAAGCCAUUACUGCUCAGGCGCCCGCGCAAUCCUCUGUUGCACCUGCCUUCCACAACACUGGAAUUGGCGCUCAUCCUGAUUUCCAAAGCAUGCCUCAAUACGCCGCUUCUGCAACUCCUACCUACCAUGAUCAACAAAGCCACGCCGGUUUUGUCUCCAGCGCACCACCCGUGUCAUCGGCCACCUCUGACUUCCAUGGUGCACCUCGCAGCCUAGCNCCUCCCGCUUACAACCCGAAUGGCGCGUCGGCUCACUUUAUGCCUGGACAACCCCGAACNGCACAGCCCAUGGCAUACCGCGAAGGCGCUCCUCAGCAUGCGUACGGUUAUGACGCCUGA